AUGAGGCCUUCAAUCAUCGUUCCCGUCCUGGGCGCAGCAGCGGCUGCGUUCGCCGUGGCAGACAAGCCCACGGCGCUUGGCCUCAACUUGACCACCGCAGAAGCUGGAAACCCACUGUUCGAUGGCUGGUAUGCCGACCCAGAGAUACGUGUAUACGACGAUGUCUUUUGGAUUUACGCAACCACGUCCAUUGCUUUCAAGGACCAGAAGCAUUUUGAUGCGUUCUCCUCGACUGAUCUAAUCCACUGGUGGGCACCGACAGCAACCAAGGGUAAUGAUGGAAAGUACUACCUCUACUUUAGCAGUCAUAACGGUGUACAAUCACAGAAACAGCCAAAUGCUGGAUUGGCUGUUGCCGUCGCGGACCAGCCUGGGGGACCCUUUAGGGAUGCUCUGAAUGGCGCGCGAUUGAUCGAUCAUUCCAUUCAUGGCGCGAAUCCGAUGGACUCGGAUGCUUUCACUGAUGACGACGGAAAGAAAUACCUGUACUUUGGCGGAGGCGAGAGCUGCGUCGGCAUACUCUCGGACAGCAUGACCAGCUUCGUGGGGCUCCACGGAGAGGAGUCCCCCAAGUCAGACGCCGACACUUUCAAGAAAGUAACACCCAGGCCCAGCAACUACGUGGAGGGCACCAAGGUCUUCAAGCGCAACGGCACGUACUACUUGAUGUGGUCGGAGAACGGGUACGGCGAGCCCACGUACCAGGUGGCCUACGCGACGUCCGCCUCGCCCCUGGGGCCCUUCAAGCCGCGGGGCUUGGUUCUCACGCAGGACCCGACCAUAGGGGUGGCUACGGGCCAUAACAGCGUUCUCAACAUCCCCAAAACGGACAUCUGGUACAUAGUCUACCAUCGGCGCCCGCUGCACGAGAGCAACGCAGACAGCCGCGUCGUCGCGCUCGACCGCAUGUACUUCAACGAGGACGGCAGCAUCAAGCCGAUAGAGCUACUCGCAAAGGACAACUUUGACGAUGGGGACCUCUCCGAACACCUGUGGCAGCGCAAGAGCGGCGACUGGCAGUUCCUCGCCGACGAGAAGCACAAUGAGGGAGGCAAGUCGCUCCGCGGCUCGGCGGACCGGGACCAACCAGGGCUCAUACUGAUGGACUCGCACUUUGCGGACCUGGUCUACGACGUCGACAUCACGCUCGAGGAAGAGGGUGCCGAGGCCGGGCUCACGUUCCGCACCGCGCCGUCGAGGAGGAAGGGCAAGCCUGCUCGGUUCAAUGGGUAUGCCGUCUGGCUUAAGGCGAAGACCGGAGAGGUCGUGCUCAUCCACCAGAAGGGGAAGCGUAAGAUGAUUACCACGGAUCUCGGGAAGAGUUCAGAACGGCACGUCAAGAAUGGAAUCAAGUAUCACGUUCGGGUUGAGUUCAAGGGCCAGCAGGUCUCGGUGUUUGUGGAUGAUAUGAAGGCGCCGAUCAUAUCUGCCAGGGACGAUAAAGAUACCUCAGGCCAGAACGGAUUGUUGGUGGGGACUGAUCGCGCACUAUUCGACAAUGUCUCAAUCCGACAUACUUGA